AUGUCCGACGCAGAGGAGUCUUACAGGCGCGCGCUUUCUCGCGUGCUUGGCGCUGCCAAUUUAAUGUGUUGCUUUCAUGUGAAGCAAGCGCGCAAGGAUUGCCUGGCCAAGCGGUCCGCGGGCACAGCUGAGCAGAAGGCUGCGCAGUGGGCGAGCGUGUCCGCCGACAUGGACGCGCUGCGGUGCGCCGCGAACCACGCUGACUUCAGGUCCCGCUGCGAGGCAGUCGAGAAGAAAUGGCAGCAGGAUGGACUAGGCGCCGACACUGCUUGGACGGGUAAAGACGGCAUUUCCAGGAAUUUCGUGUCCUACUUCUUGCAGCAGUGGGGGCCGUCGGGCCUUGCGCCAGAGUGGUACUUCGGCGCGCUCGCGGGAAACAGCGACGCGGCGGUGGAGACCGCCCCCGGGACGAACAAUGGCGCCGAGAGUUGCAUCAAGAACAUCAGGAAGGCCGCAUGCGGAUUGGAUCAGGUUCGCACUGUUUCCCUCGACGUCCUCGAUCCGCGGGCGGCCAGGCGCGUCGACGAUGUCACGCGGAGCAAAGCCGUGGCUUUCGAGACCCUUUUCGGCGCGGCCCGAAUUGCCAGGGUGGAAGGUCAUUCUGUCAGCUUGUAUUGUUGUCUGCCGAGGGGGGGGCCCAAGGACGCCGACGUUCGCAACCGGGAGGCCAUGCCCAGGGACCUUGCGAGGGAGAGUUGCAAGGCUUUCGCCGCGAAGUGUCGCGGAGAGCCGACGACCCCAGAGAAGCUCGCACUCUUCGCGGGCCGUGAUGCUAGCCGCGUCUUUGGCAUCGACCACGGCAAGGCAUUCUGCACCUGCGCGCUGUUCCCUUCGCUGAAGAUGUGCUUCCACUCGAUUGGCCCCCAGGUCCACACGGGCGCGUUGACCGCGCCGCCCAGGCUGAAUGCCAUCCACUUGCCUGCGGCAAACCCCGCCGUGCCAACGCUAUCAGAGAACGCAAAGACUCGCAAUC